AACCAACAAUGGCAGGCACGAUGCUAGUAGUAUUCUAUAGGGUCGCCUUUUUCUUCAUCCUCUUUCCCUUUCCCUGUAUGGCCAUGCCUCGCUGCUCCAUCCAUGCUCAGAGCGAUGUCCAUGGCUGCUCUGCACAGCUCAUUCUUCCUCCACAGUGAGUGAGUGAGGUCUGGAGCUGGUCGGAAGGUGGUUCACUCGCUCUGCUCGCACCGACGCCCUCCAAUGGCAGCUUCGGUAGGACUGGCAGCAGCGGAGCACCCAACCCCUCCCUCUGCGGAGGAAAUCAAGAUGGGGGUCAUGUCUCCGACGAAGCUGAGGAUGAAGCUGCUGGGGAAGGGAUCCUCCCACGGCCACGGAGGCGCCAACAACAAGGAUGAGGAGCCCAGCAAGUCGCCGCCGUCCAGGCUCCACGCCGACGACCACCUCAAGAACAGCCUCCUGCCCCAGGAGCCCGACCAAGGCUCCUCCUCAGAGUACCCCAAGGACCGCUCCGACUCUUCUUCCUCCCGCUCGCGCUCCAGCGGGAGCCACGGCAGGUCCGCUGCCCACCCUGCCAAUGGCGCCAGCUUCGAGUUCCGCAUGGAGGAGAGGGCGGCGGUGGCCGGGCUCGGGCCAUUCUUCCGGCAGCAGGUGCCGUCCAAGUGGAACGACGCCGAGAAGUGGAUCGCCGGGAGGCACCACGUCGUGCACUCCAAUCCCAUCUUCUCCAGGAAGGCCGCGGCCUCCGUGCACGGCCACACCGGCGUCGGCGGAGGCUGCGUGCGCGUCGUGCCGGAGUCUGCGCCGCCGCCGCCGCCGCCUUCGGACGCCAAGAAGACACCCGCGCUAACCGAGCUGUCCCGGUCGCCUUCUCCGUCCUCGCCGUCGUCGCUCUCGUCGGUGACCGGGCCGGCCAGCAAGCAGCGCCGCGACACCAAGCUCCGCACCCAGGUCCAGGUGGGCGCUCCGUCGUCGUCGGUGUCGAUGAGGGACGUCGGCACGGAGAUGACGCCGAUCGCCAGCCAGGAGCAGUCGAGGAGCGGCACCCCGGCCGGCGCCGCCACGCCGUCCUUCAGCCCGCUCUGCUCGGUGCCGGCCUCGCCGUCCGCGUCGGAGCGUGAGCUGCAGAUCAGGACGCGCCGCGAGAUCGCCGCGCUCGGGCUGCAGCUGGGCAAGAUGAGCAUCGCGUCCUGGGCCAGCAAGGAGGAUCGCUUCCGCACCUCGCCGGAGAAGAGCGCCGGCGAAGAAGACCGAGCCAAGAAGGCGGAGUUCGAAGCUCGGGCCGCGGCAUGGGCAGAGUCCAAGAAGUGCAAGCUCGCAUCAAGAUAUCAGAGGAAGGAGGUGAGGAUUCAGGAAUGGGAGAACUGCCAGAAAUCCAAAUUUGAAGCCAAGAUGAGGCAUGCAGAGGAUGUGAUUGUGCAAGAUUCAUUUCAGGUGCAGGCUGACCAAAUGAAGGCGCGGGCAAAGAACAGCCUGACCAAGAGGCUGUCCACGUUGAGCCACAAGGUGGAGGGGAAGCAGGCGAGGGUCGAGGCGAGGCGGAACCGGCGGGCGGUCCGGCUGGCCCGGCAGGUGGAGCGCAUCCGGAAGACCGGCCGCGUGCCGUCCCGGUUCCGGUGCUGCAGCUGGUUCCUCUGUUGAAAACGAAACAAAAUUCAGAUAGCCUCUCAAGUGUAGCCGACGUGACUCAAGAAGCAGCCUGAAGGUCUGAAUGCUUUGCUCUGCUCCGGGAUGAGAUGUACAUGAAAUUAUUUGAAUCAAUGUGCUCUAGGUGUUGCUUUGCUCUCUAGUCUGUACAAUCUGAAUGCCUGUGACCUGAGCUGCAGUAGCAUGUUGCCAUUGUUAACAUGAGCUGACGUUAAUGGCCCGCUGACUAACUGUACUGAGAAAUUGAGAUCAUCUUCUUUUUUUAACUUGGUAGUAGUUGUAGAAAAGGGAAAAAUAUGACAUUUUUAUCAA